AUGCCAAUAAUCCAACUACAACCCCACCCAAUCACCAGCCUCCCCCACCACCCAGAUCUAGAAACAGGAGGCCCCAGCCGCCCAUUACAGGAGCACAUUCGUGCCACUCUCGAAGAAGCACAUGAAAUCCUGGAGAGUCUCCCGUCUGACCUCAAAGCAGAAUCGAAGCUGCGCAAGUCUCCCCCAUCAGAUGCAAAAGUCAAGCUGAGCCAGGGAUGGCGAACACCCCUGCAUAGCGACCCUAAUGCUCAAAAGGAAUAUUGGGUCUCUCGCGAAAGUGAACAUGAAGAUUCAAGUCGCAGCAAUGGAUCUGCCACCUGGCAAGAGUUCCAGAAUGGGCUGCAUCAAGACCAUGCUUAUCAUGAGAUGGAGUAUACUCCUAGUGUGACGCGUGUGGUGCAGCUUUUCAAUUGGGCGGAAGGGGAGGAUGAUCAUCUGGAUCAGGAUAUCAAUAUCAAGAACACGCGGUACAAGCAGUUUGACGUCCAGUUAUUCCUAAUAAUUCACACCUUCAACCCAAGCCGCCUAAUCCAUCCACGGGCAUUCCUAUCCUUCACCAUAUCAGCCACAACGCAAAACCUCCUCGCGCCAGAUCACAACACGCCAAACACCCGCCACCCAACAGAGGGCUUCAUAACAAUCCAAGUCCCCUACUCCAUAGACAAUCCCGGGCCUAACCCCGCAUUUGUCGAUUAUCAAUACCAUGGCCUCUAUUCACGAAUCACUAGCAAUAUCCCGCCUCGCACAGUCUUUGCCCAUUAUGCUAGUAUUGAGCGGGUUGAGUUGCUUGUUCUGCCUACUGGUAGAUCUAUGUCUAUAUCGGGCCAGGGCGAGGGUGUGGGUGAAGGUGGAGGUGAGCUGGGGAUUACUACGCCUUCAACUUUGAAUACGCCUGCUAGUUCGACUGGGAGACGGGUAAAGUGGACUAUGGCUACGACUUCGGAUGCUGGGGGGAAGAUUCCGGGGUGGGUACAGCGAAGUUGGAUGCUUGGGGGUAUUCCUAAGGCAGUUGUUGCUGAUGUUGGGUUGUUUAUUGGGUGGGUUAUUAAGAGAAGGAGGGUGAGGGAUGUGAGACAGGAGAAACAUGAGGAGGAGCGCUGA